GGGAGGCAAUGAAGGAGGCAGGGAGGGAUAAAUGGAGAAGGAGGGAAGAGGGGAGGUUUGACUAAGAGUAGCUUUUAGACACGCUCCACGCAGUCCUACUCCCUUUGCAACUGACGUUCACUUCUGCAAUAAUUGCUGCCUGGCAGACUUUCCCUUUCUAAGAUGACCCGCAUCCUCUGCUUGGGCUUCUGCCUCCCCAUCCUCGUGCUGCUGUCCCUCACGUGCCUGGCACGUGCUGAACCCCCGCGCGCCGCGUCCACUCCGCGCCGGACAGCUCGCGCCCCAGCCGCAAAAGUGCGUCUAGCGGGCAACUUCGCGCGUGAGCCGUAUGAAGGGCGCGUGGAGGUGCUACACAACAACACCUGGGGGACCGUCUGCGACGAUGAAGUGGACAUCAAGCUGGCGAACGUCGUCUGCCGAGAGCUGGGGUACCAGGGAGGGGUCACGUGGGCACACAGCGCCAAGUUUGGGGAAGGAACAGGCCCCAUAUGGAUGGAUAAUGUGCGCUGCGACGGCUCCGAGAAAUCCCUGAAGGACUGCAAACACAAUGGAUGGGGGGUGAAUGACUGCAAACACUCUGAAGAUUUAGGGGUGGUGUGCACCACACAGCGUAGGCUUGAUCUGGCGACCCCCGUCAGGGGGUAUACUACUGCUGCUAGGCCCUAUGGCAGUACCUCACCUCAGUGGGGAAGCCACGUGGCAACCCAGAGGCAUCAGGGGUAUGGAUACUACGGAAACGGACACGGAUAUGAGAUCCCCCGACUCCAAAGACCUCACGAUUAUCAGCGUCACAGCAAAGUGCAGAUCGAAGAAGUCCGUCUUCGCCCCAUCCUCAUGGCCACCAAGAGGAAGGCCCUGAUCACAGAGGGGGCAGUGGAGGUGAAGCAUGCUGGCAGGUGGAGGCAAGUUUGUGACAAAGGCUGGAGUCUCAACACCAGCCGGGUUGUGUGCGGGAUGCUUGGCUUUCCAGAAGCUUCUCAGCACAAUGUCAAAAUGUACAAGAAGAUUUGGGACUCCAAGGUUAAAGAUCCAACAACAAGAUUGAGUUACAUGGCAAAAAAGAAGGGGUUCUGGAUGGAGAAAGUUCACUGUCUCGGCACCGAGAACAGCCUGUCAGAGUGCCUCGCUCAGCUGUCAAUCCCCCGCAGUCCCACCCCCUGUAAGAAUGGAAGACAUGCUGUGGUCAAGUGCAUACCAGGACCACAGUUUGCUCGCAUCUCUUCUGGAAGACCACAAGCUCCUUAUCCAGUGGUGCCCGUCCGCCUGAAGGCAGGCCCCAGGCUGGGAGAGGGACGCGUGGAGGUGCUCCGAAACGGGAAAUGGGGAACCAUUGUGGAUCACCUGUGGGACCGAACCGCAGCCAGCGUGGUGUGCAGGGAGCUGGGCUUUGGAACAGCCAAGGACGCCCUACAGGGAGCCUUUAUGGGUCAAGGUACUGGACCUAUACACAUGAACUCAGUGCAGUGCAUGGGGUCUGAGCGCUCCAUCCUGGACUGCUUCUUCCAAGAGGUCCAACCGUGGACAUUCAAACACACCCAAGACGCAUCAGUCCGCUGCAACAUUCCCAAAACUGGUACAGAGAAGAUGGUGCGGCUUGCUGGAGGAAGAGUGCCAUCAGAAGGUCGUGUGGAGGUCCUGAUGGAUGUCGGAGGUCGGAAACGCUGGGGGUCAGUCUGUAGUGAAAACUGGAGCAUCACUGAAGCCAUGGUGGUGUGCAGACAGCUCGGGUUGGGCUUUGCUGCCAACGCUCAUCAGGAAACGUGGUACUGGCCUGGUAACGCAAAUGCUAGUGAGGUGAUUCUCAGCGGAACUCACUGCGUGGGCACAGAGCUGUCCAUUCAGCAGUGCCGCCGCAACAACUACGUCCACUGUCCUCGUGGAGGCGGAGCAAAGGCAGCAGGCGUCAGCUGUUCGGACACUGCUCCGGAUCUCGUUGUGGAUGCCCAGUUGGUUCAAGAGACAGCCUACCUGGAAGACCGACCCCUUCACCUGCUGACCUGCGCCAAUGAAGAGAACUGUCUGUCGUCAUCUGCUGCAAGGAUGAACUGGCCAUACGGCCAUAGGCGCCUGUUGCGCUUCUCCUCCCGCAUCAUGAAUCUGGGUCGAUCUGAUUUCAGACCCAAAGCGACUAAAGAUAGCUGGACAUGGCACCAGUGCCACAGGCACUACCACAGCAUCGAGGUGUUCACGCACUACGACCUGCUGACUCUGAAUGGUACCAGGGUUGCAGAGGGACACAAGGCCAGUUUCUGUCUGGAGGACACAUACUGCCCUGAUGGUCUCCACAAGAGGUUUUCCUGCUAUAAUAUGGGGGAUCAAGGAAUCUCUGUGGGGUGCUGGGACACCUACCGCCAUGAUAUCGACUGUCAGUGGGUGGAUGUGACGGAUGUUCGUCCAGGCGACUACAUCUUUCAGGUGGAAGUCAAUCCCUCUUUGGACAUGGCUGAAUCGGACUUUAUGAACAAUGUCAUGAGAUGUCGAUGCAAGUAUGACGGCCACAGAGUUUACAUGUAUAGUUGUCAUGCAGGCGACGCCUACAGCGCAGAGGUUGAAGACCUGUUUGAGCAUCAGAGACAAAUCACCAACAAUUUUGUGUAGACUGUUCAUUUAGAUGGCCCCACAGUGGGAAGCAGCGUCCGUUCAGGAGGGGCGCGAGCGUAACACUCCAGGCUCUCUGGACCUUGAAACCCACAAUGACAGAAGAUGCUACGGUCAAAAUAUGAAGAAGCAUGUCGCAUCCCAGCAUCAUCAAAGGGACUCUAACCUCAAGUAAAAAAAAAAACAGCUCUUAGUUUGUGUUUUGGCACCAUAAUAAUAAAAAAAAAUAAAAAUUAGAUUCUGAAUGUAGAUAUUCCUACAAGUAGCAGGUGAUCUACAGGAUAUAAAAUUCAAAGAAAAUGUACCAUAAAUGAGUUUAAUAUCUUUUUGUCCCUUGUUCUUCAUAGUAAGACAUAGUGUGCUUUUGACUAAAUUAUUGUUAAAUAUGACUGAAAUACUGGUGCUUUUUGACAAUACUGUACUUUAUGACAUAGACCUCACUACGUUUUAAGUAAACCGGGGUGUACAGGAUGUUUUAGAUAGUUUUCUUUUACUUCAAACGAGUUAUUACUGCAUUGGUUUAAGCAAAAGAACGUAGUCGUGCUUUGCAUUUAGAAUAUAUAACAGGAGGGCCGUUUGUUUCUAUGGAAAUAAGCACUUUAUCUUUAAAACAACAGUAUUCAACUUUGACCCUAUCUGUUCUGAUUAGCUAUCCAAUCGACUUUAACUAACACUAAUGUCUAACUCCAAGUUUUCUUUUUUAACAAUUAUGUUCACAGUAAACAUACUUUUAGGUGUUACAUAAGAUGACUUUAUUGUGUUUUACAACCAGGAAGGUGAAAUGUAAGCCUCAUGUUUCAUGCUCAAAUGUACUAUUUAUGUUGUAUUUUAAAACUUUUAUUUAUUCACGGAAUUCACAUUAAGCAUAUUUUAUUUUAUUUCUGUUUUUAUUUUUCAGGCAUAACAUAACGAAGGGGAAAAAGUGAGUUCAUGCAGUACUUAGAUAACAUUGUAUUCCAUGAUUCAGAGGAAUCAGUUUGAUUUUUUUUUUGUACUUUUGUCAUUAAGAAAGCUGUAACUGUGCAGCUUUUCUUUUCUAGCCUCUUUCAUGAGAUGGAAAAGUGGUCUGUCAAAACCGCAGUGCUGUGGUAGACAGGCAGGCUGGGUUUUUGGGGCAUAUAAAAAGCCUUUUAAUUAUGUCUGUAUGGUUAGACUAAAGAUUACGGUUUAGAUUAAUGCUUAAACACGGGCUUUAUAAAGUAACACCAUUGGAACUGUUGCUGGUGGAAUGGUGGAAAGGGCAAAAAUCUCUAUCUUUAGAAGUCGACAAGAGAUUCUCAUUUUCUGAGUUUCGACAAUGGGAGACAGUGACUGACAAAACGAAAGCUGCCGUUUUAUAGGCAGCCGUGUAGAGUGAGACUUUGUCCAAAAAAAAAAAAAAAAAAAGUUGUCUGGGAGAAAAAAAAUAAACUCCUCUAUUCACAUUUCAACUCAAUAAAGAGUGACCUUGUUUUUAUGCAAGCUAAGACUUAUAAAAAUGUACUGUAACUCGCAACACUUUGCUGAUUUCAUCAAACUCAUUAAUGGAAUCUUGGAACAUGUGAUGAUGAAGUUGCCUUAGCCUCUGUGUGUGAUGUGUUUGGCUCCUCGUCUUAAUGAACCUGUGGCUGUAACAUGGCUUUUGAAGGGACGUUUUCCAGGACAUGUCACCGAUAAAGACAGUCUCUUUUUUUUUUCCUUUUAAAUCACCAGUUUUUAUGACUUUCUUGUGGUUUACAAUUAGCUUUUUCAAGUGUGGAUAUUUCCAGUCAACACAGUUAAUGUUUCAUUUUUCCAAAUUUGAUUUCUGUUGCUUUGUUCUACUCUUAAAUUGGUUCACAAGCAUUACCACGGUCUGCUGUAUGUUGCCUAACUAUUGUAUAGCAAUCCAUUGCUCAAGUUGGUUCCUAUUCUUUGUUAUACUGUAUAAGAUCCUAUGCCAUGAGCAUAGCACUUUUAUUGUUUUCUAAGGCCAGUUUUGCUUUUAGAGCCGAUUAAAAAAGAAAAAAAAUGGCAGUUAUCUGCAGAUAUAUUCAUAAAUAAAAGCUGUGCUCAGGGACUUUGACCUCAUCUAAAUAUAUAUAUAAAAAAAAAUAUACUUCAUGUGAUGUGAUUCAGUUAGCUGUGAUGGCACAAAAUGAACUGCUGCCGUGUGAACUGUCAGCAAUCCUAAAACAACUAAUCUGUACCCUGUAUUUUUUUUUUUUUUUUAGGUAAAAUUUAAAGCGUGCAUGUGAUGUGUUUGUUUUUGCCCUGAGGGGGAAGUUCAGAUAACUGUGGAUACACACUGGCUGAGUCAGAGUCAAAUCACAAUCCAUUCGCUCAUCAUUACUGUGAAUCAAUAAACCUUCAUCUAACACGAAGCCUU